CUGACAUCUAGUUCUAUGGUAGUUGCACAAGCUAGCUAGUGGCAUCAUCAAGAUGGCAGCACUUUUCAAAGCACGGAAAGCGUUGGGCAUGGCAGUGGGCUGCAGCAAGCGCUACAUCACCCAGCUAGCCGAGCUGCCAGAGAUGCACCAAAUGCUCCGGCAGACAUGCCGGGAUUACGCCGACAGAGAGCUGGCUCCUAUCGCAGCUAAACUGGACAAGGAGCAUGUCUUCCCAGCCAAGCAGGUCCGGGAACUGGGCGAGAUGGGUGUCAUGUCGGUGGAGGUUCCGGAACACCUAGGCGGAGCGGGACUGGACUACCUGGCCUACGCGCUGGCCGUGGAGGAAGUCAGCAGAGGGUGCGCGUCCACUGGGGUCGUUGUCAGUGUCAACAACUCUCUGUAUAUCGGCCCCAUCCUGAAGUUUGGAACUGAGGAGCAGAAGGAGAAGUGGAUAACCCCCUUCACCACCGGGGAGAAGGUUGGCUGCUUUGCCCUUAGUGAACCAGGUAACGGCAGCGACGCAGGUGCGGCGUCCACCACGGCGCGUCAGGAGGGGGACGAGUGGGUCUUGAACGGUACCAAGGCCUGGAUCACAAACAGCUGGGACGCCUCCGCCACAGUAGUUUUCGCCACCACAGACAAGAACCUCAAACAUAAGGGAAUCAGUGCCUUCCUGAUACCCAUGCCGCACCCAGGCCUGUCGCUAGGCAAGAAGGAGGACAAGCUGGGCAUCCGGGCAUCCUCGACCGCCAACAUCAUCCUGGAGGACUGCCGCAUCCCGCUGGGCAACCUGCUGGGCAGCAGGGGCAUGGGCUUCAAGAUCGCCAUGCAAACCCUGGACAGCGGGCGGAUUGGGAUUGCAGCCCAGGCUCUGGGCAUCGCGCAGGCCGCUAUGGACUGCGCCGCAGACUACGCGCACAAGAGAAUGGCUUUUGGGGCUCCCAUUGGGAAGAUGCAGGCCAUCCAGUUUAAGCUGGCAGACAUGGCUGUGGCUCUUGAGAGCUCUCGUCUGCUCACCUGGAAGGCAGCGCUGCUAAAGGACGCCGGUAAACCCUACUCAAAGGCAGCUGCCAUGGCCAAACUGGCAGCCUCCGAAGCUGCAACUCAUAUUGCCCAUCAGUCCAUCCAGGUUCUGGGAGGGAUGGGUUACGUGUCGGACAUGCCGGCCGAGAGGCACUACCGUGACGCUCGCAUCACUGAGAUCUACGAGGGAACCAGCGAAAUUCAGAGGCUCGUCAUCGCCAACCUGGUCCUCAAAGAGUAUCAGGUGUAGGACAGAAGGACUGCAAGGGACAGGAACUUCCUGAACUAAUAAUACAAGAACUAAUGAUGUUUUUCAGAGCCUGGGUUUUGACCCCUCCCUGUACCAUUUGGUUACCUCAUUUUUCAUUGGGUCAACAAACUGCUGUCAACUGCAUUCAUAGGUCAGAGGAGAGCAGGAUUUUGAGAGAGGCGGUGCAAUUCUGGUGCCAGGUUACUUCCUGUUCAGAAUGCCUCUUCCAAGUUCUGGCAGCGGAACACCCCCAGGUUUGUCUCGGCUGCAGUUCCUUUGGUGUCCACAAGAGUUCAGCAGUCUCUCAACUCCUGUUGCUUUUUCUCCUUGUGUCUGGGACAUCUCCAUAAUGCCUCUUUGGAGAAACAAGCUCACAGUCUGUCAUGUUCUGCUUUUUCAGGACAUAAUAUAUUUGGCUGUAUAUAUGUAGGAUACAAAGUUUUUUUAAAAUAAAUUGCCGAGUGAUGAUUCA